CCUUUUAACUGUCCCUGUUUUUUAAUCCAAAACUCAAAUUUAGUGGGCUGAAUAGAGGGGCCUAUACUUCUGACCGAAAGUGCUUAUUCCAUUAAAAUAAAUAAUAUUUUUUAAUCAAAUUGCACGAUAAAUAUAUCAUUAAGUUUUAAAAUAACACCAUUUGGAUCCAGAAUGACUAAUGAACUAAUUAUAAAAGAAAUAGAUGAAGAAAUGGGGGGUGCAGAGGAAAAUAUGGAGGUGAGGAAGGAAAACAGGUUUGGGCCCAAUAAGGAAAUGAAUAUGUACAGCUUAGUAUUAGAUUUGAAGGCAAAGAAGGAGAGGGAAAAGCUUUGCGAAGGUUGUGUCGUGAGAAAUUGAGAGCGAGCAUGGGAAGUAGAAUGGGAAGAAGGGUGGUGCAGUUGGCAAACCUACCGAUAAAGCUUUUGAUGCCGAACAGCUUCACCAACAUUCGGGAAAUCGCGAUCAAGACUAUUCCUUCGGCCUCCAAGAUCGAGAUCAAGCGCGUUCUUGAAUCCCUCUACGGCUUCCAGAUCGAGAAGGUUCAGACGCUGAACAUGGAGGGCAAGAAGAAGAAACGGGGCGGGUUGUUCAUCGCCAAACCCGAUUACAAAAAGGCCUACGUCACCCUCCAGAACCCGCUCUCCAUUUCGCGGGAUCUCUACCCGAAAACCAUCAUCGUGGAGGGUAAAAAGAGGGUCCACAAGCAAACUAAGUCCAGCGUCGUCCAGGAAGAGGCUAGAAGUCACUGGUUCGAUGACGAGGGAGAGAGGGCUUCUUCCUGCACUCCACCACUUUCUCUCUACACCUCCACAUUCUGUAAAUAUCUCUAUUAAAUGAGGUAUGGGAAGUAAGCACCGCCGCGCACGAUUAGGACGUAAUUGGAAGGAUCGGAGGAUACUGUAGGCAAGAAAGAAUAGAAGUCACAUGCCAAGCUACAUCAGAGAUUCUUCUGUUGCGGUUGUUGUAUGAUGGAGGCACCUUUAUUUCGCAAGAUUGCUGCUGCCUUGCUGGGUAUAGAAACACUUCUUUCUACAAAACGGGAACACAUGGUUGAUGUAAAUUUAAAAGCUACAGUUGAUUCAUCCCAGACGAAGCAGCAGGGAGGUGUGUUGCUUUAGCAAAAGAAAGGCCAUUCAUAAGAGCCAUUUAAGUAUGUUCCCUAAGCACAAUCACGGAACUGGCUACUAAAAUGUACAGAUGCAGAUGAGACAGACAUGCUUCCAUACCAAUAUUUCGUCAGUGUUUAGUUAUGGGAGAGAGGUUUGCAGUAAUUUUUUACGGAAGGUAAAGAAAUUGAUAGUCAUUUAAUUUAAUUUCAUUUAUUAUACAGUUAGACCCUUUAAUGUAAGAAUGCAGAUUAAAAGUUGCAUAGUGGAUGAUGUGAGGGAGACAUAACCGAUUUUUAUAUCACGAGAGCUUUGUU